AUGGAGGCAUACAUAUUCGCCCGGGCCGACGACGACGACGAUGUUGUGCACGACUUUGUCUCACCUUGGGUAGAGCUGAACAUUGGCCUGUGGGCCUUGUUCGCCGCCACCACCAUAUUCCUGGCCUCUCGAAUAUGGAUCAAGGUUACUCGCAGGUAUGGCCUGUGGUACGACGACUACAUCCUCGUGGUGUCGUGGAUUGUUCUGGUGGUCACUGAUAGUCUCAUCGUACACCAGUUUGCCACUGGAUAUAUUCUCGAAAACUCGGCUCAGAAGUGGGAUGACCGAAUGCAUAUUCUGAUCAACGUAACCUCGUGCGGCACCUUGAUCGGGCAGUCACUCACCAAGACGGCAUUCGCCGUGACACUGCUCCGUCUGAGCAAGACUUGGCAAAGGCACUUGCUCUGGUUCUGCAUCGUCACAAUGAACUCUUAUAUGGUCGUCAAGGUCAUUCUUCAGUGGGCAAAGGUGUGUGGCUCGAAGAGCACAGACGUCUACUAUAGAUUCGACCUCUGCCUCGACAAGAAUUUUCGGGACGACUUCAAAGCUGGAGGCAAUAUCUACAAUAUCGUCAUGGAUUUUGUCUUCGCGACUUUUCCGUGGUUCCUCAUCCGAGGAGUCGAUAUGCGCAGAUUUGAAAAGAUUGGCCUUUGUGCGGUGAUGAGCUUAGGCAUGCUCGUCGCUGUUGUUUCUGCUAUCAGAGUGAGCUGGAAGGAUGAAGGCAACGAGCGGGACACGCUCUACAUCUACCGGAACGGCAUUUCCCAAGUGUGGUACUCUUCCGAAGUCACGGGCACCAUCAUCGUCCAAUGCAUACCCAUCCUUCGCCCUGUGCUGCGGGAUGUGCACAACACUCUUACCUCAAAGAAAAUGAGCUCGACUGGGGACCGCCGAAGCACAACGACUCUGCGGAGCGAUUUACAAAACAAGGGAGUUGAUAGCAUCAUUCUGACGGAGAUUGAGGAAGAGGGCGAAGAGCAGCAACUGCAGCAGAAGCAGGAGCAGCAGCAAAACCGAGAGGAUCAAGACCCAUGGAUGGCGACUACACAACGCGGAGCAACACAGAUUCGAUCACCAAGCAUAUCUAGGCUCGACCUGGAAGCAGCCUUUAGUACAAUCCACGACAAUGCCUCCUUGUCAUCAGACGAAGGGUGGCCACUGCCCAAGAAUCAGCUGUGUCGGCCAGCUUCUAUAGCCACCUCCGAAUCAGACAUGUCAUUUGUGGAGUUCGUCGACUGGGACAACGAGGCAUACGAUCUGGGCGUGAGGAAGUCAUUAUCGCCAGUACCCAGGGAACGAACGCCUUAG